CCGGGUGGAUUUAAAAUGUAAUAUUCAUUGAACUGUUAAAACGUCACCAUAAUUCCCAGGAUAUAUUCUGUCAUGUUUUUAUUUAGACUACCAGAGUAAAGCAAGACCCCAACUCUGUCAAGAUAAUAUAAGCAACUGAUUCCUGCAGCGAGAAGGAGCUAUAUUGGAAUUCGUCUGCAGAGAUGGCUCGAUAUGUGAUGACUAAGGGGAAGAUGCUCCCUCAUCAUGACCUCUGCAUCAGCAACAACUGGGUCUUCAUCAAGGAUGAAAUAGAAGCGAUGGACUUGGUGGACUCGCUCAUAGGGACAGCGACCCUGAGUGUGGAAGAUGUACAACUCAUCCGUAGUUAUAAAACAAAAAGUGAUAGGAAUCAUUGCUUGUUAGAAACUCUACUGCAGAGAGGAACGGGAGCUUUUGUCAGUUUUAUUGGCGCUUUAGAGACCAAAGGAUACCCCCACGUUUCACAGAAAUUGCAAGAGGAUUGCAAAGAGGUGGGCAGCGGAAAUGGCGAUGACACUGCGGAUAUGUUUUCAAACACGCUGCAAGAGAUCAAACAAAUACAAGACUCCAUGAACAAUCUGGAAAGACAUCUUGGUACCGUGAAGCAAAGGCUCGUUGAUGUCAAAACACACAAACCAGAAACCAAUCAUGUACAUGUCAUACACAAUCUCAACCAAGACGUUGCAGAUGCAGAGAAUGUGAUGAAACGAAAAGAAGGUGAGAUUAGGAUUUUGAAGGAUCAGCUUGUGGAAAAGGAUGAGAUAAUUCGUGAACUGAAACGAGAAAGUGAAGCAUCUGAGCGUCAUCUACUGGAAUCAGCAAACACUGUGAACACUUUAAAGAACAAACUUACCCACUUAGAGAAAUUGUGCAGAGAACAAAAACUCUUCAUCGCAGAAUUAAGGAAAAGUGUUAUAUACCAUGAGAAUGAGAUUACGCAGCAGAAAAUAAUAAUUGAAAAAUCGGAAUCGAUCAUAAGCGAACAGGCGAAAACUAUAGAACAAUUAGGCUCAUCAGUAGAACGCCAAGUCGAUCUAAUUUCAAAACAAGGGCUUAAUAUAGAACAGCUUGAAAAAAAUGUCUCUAAGCAAACACAACAAAUUGGAGCGUUGGUGUUAGAGAAUGACCAACAAAAGCUGACACUCAAGAAACAAAAUAAGGUGAUUCGAGAGCAGGAUGAGAAGCUUGAGCAGCAGCAGAAGACGUUACAUUCACAACAUGGUAGGAUAGCAUCACUACAAAGGGAUGCUGAUGAGCGGAAGCUGGCAAUGCAAGAUCAGAGCAAGCGCCUGAAUGAUCAGGCAAGUGUCAUUGGACACCAAGCAGAACGUAUUCAAACACAGGACAACCAGUUACAGCGGCAGCAGAAGGACCUGGAGUCCCAGAAGCGUGCGACAAGUCGACUUGAGAAGGUGGUGAAGGACAAGGGGCAGCAGCUCGACUCGACCUUGAAAUCUUUCAGAGCUGAGAUGGACCAGAUGAAGCAGGAGGGAAACAUACGAGAAGGGCAGACAUACAGGAGACUUGAUCAAACCACACAAAAUAAUAGAAAAACAGAGAGAUCGGACAAAAAUGUUUGGCAUUAUUAUUAACAAAGUCAUGUUAAUAGUAUUACGUGGCAAUGCUUAGUCAUGGCAGUAGUGGUGUAACAAGGUCACAAACUGACCAUAUGGGCUCAAACAUAAGACAUAAAUACAUCUGAAGACAGUGCCUUUAAUUUGGGGAAACUGGAAAGCAUCGACCAUAGAGUGUGACCGGGGGUGGGGACCGUUAGUCGACUGCCUCCCUGUUACUCUGGCCGUGUCUACCUCAGACAAGUACAAGCAUACAGUAUUUGUUUUAUACAUACAGUUAAUUUAAGUGAACAGAAAUACGAUAACUUUGGUUCCGUGUGUAAAUGUAAAAUGUUGCAAUCUGGUUUGACAGAGAUACACAUUUAAGAUUUACACUUUCAUAUACUUGAACAUGAAUUCAUUGUUUGACAUUAACUUGAUAGACAUUAAUAAAUCGAUAAUGUCGCUAUGUCUGCACAUGCAUGUCAGCUGGCAUGUCGCGCGGGGCGUCGGUCAGAAAUCUUUACCUACAAAUGACCAAUCUCAUUAAAAUCAGAUCUAAGUUCUCGCUGCCGUUAAACAAAUAUCGGAGGACAUCCAAUUACGGGUCACGUCAGAACUACCUUUCGCUAACUUUGACCGAUCACUGAAAUGACUAAAAGACUCAAUGACUGGAGCUUCAGGGCAUUCGUUUCAACCUGGCGAUUUCCAUUUCAGACUACACUUGAAAAUUAUGUUGAUACAGUUCUCGAUUAAAAUAUUGAAAACUGAACAAACCAACAUUCCGGAAUUUCUAAUAUGUGGUUACGAUUGUAUUGCACUGCUUCCCACGUACUGUGCAACGCCUCCUCCGUUCAAAUGUUUAUCACUGGAAGCGAGAGAUAGACGAUAAUUAUGGCGGAAUCAGUCGUACGGGCCGUAACUGUCGUUCGGAAUACCCCGUGUUAACGUUUUCGAGGUUGCAUGAUUGGAAAACCAAUUUCGACUGUCACUUCAUGAUCUGGUAAGCGACGCUUUGAUUGGUCGGAUGAAAGGUCUUUCUGACGUGACCCGUAAUGGGAUGUCCUCACAUCUUUGUUUAGCGAUAGCGAGAACUAAGAUCUGAUUUUAAUGAGAUUGACAAAUGACGGACACCGAAACAAAUGACGGACAGGUCAACGUGCGACCAUGAAUCCUUUAAUAGCACUUAUUGUAUGACGUUAGUGCGUCAAUUUACCGUUGCAAGACGAUACGGUUCCCUUUACGUGAUUUUUAACUGUUUACUUAGUUUAUAUUUCUUUAUGCAUAUUGGGGGCACGGGUGGCCAUGUCGUCUUUGGAGCCACUUUUACGAGCGUAGAUGUGCAGAGUUUUGUCCCUUGGGCAAGCUAGAAACCUAUGAUCAUGGGGUCUAAACCCGGUUCCCCCUGAUUGGCAGCGAUUCGCUGUGCAGAGUUGCAUACCUUGGGCACACCAGAACCCUAUGCUUGUUGAUUCGAAUCCGGGUCCGCCCCGAUUAUGUUUCUAGGUUUGUCAGCACCAUACCCGUGCUCGUGGGUUUAACCAAAGUGGUAAACGUUUAAGACCUGCAUCACUUUGGGCUUUCCUCCCACAUCAAGCUCACACGCCGUGAUAUAACUGGAAUAUUGUUCAAAGCGGCGUUAAAAACCCAACUCACUCACUCUUUAUGUUUACAAAUUAUGAAAAUAUUUAAGCACAUUUUGUAUUUUGUAUACACGUAAAAGUAGCUGUAUGCCAAACAAUAACUACACAAACAUUUAGAAUUCCAACAACACGCAUCUGCCUUGACAUGGCAGCUAGCAUACUAUGAGUGUCAGGUGAUAUAUUGCUGUGCUAAUGUUGAUUAUCCUUGAAAUCAGUGGUAUUUGUAAUUGUGCUGUGACUGUCCUCUGAUAUAAUCACCCGGUGUUCUAUUCCUGCAAGGAGGCAAUCUGAAGUAUCACUUGUUUCAUUAUUAUUAAAACAGUAAUUUAUUCUUUGCCGUGGUUAUUUCCCUCGAAGCGUCUGCCCGGAGAGCAGAAGGUCCGGGGUUCGAUCCCUAGCCGCGUCAUACCAAAAGACGUUAAAAGAUGGUACUUGUUGUUACCCUGUCUGGCGCUCGGCAUUAAGGGG